AUGCCUUCUGCCAAGGUCUUCACGGCCGUCCUGGCCGCGCUGGCCGUUCCCCUGGCCAGCGCCUCGCCUUGCCGUCCCAAGGUCACUACCAGCCUGACUGCCUCCAGCACCGAGUCUGCUUCUUCCACCGAGUCUGCCAGCACCAGCGGCACCGGCAAGGGCACCGACACCACUGCUACUAGCACUACUGCCUCCGAGACUGGCAGCACCACCAUCUCCGUCUCUACCACCGAGACUCAGUCCAGCGAGACCCAGUCCAGCAGCACCGUCUCUGCUUCGGCCUCGACCACCUCCUCCGGAGCCUGCACCUACUACACUCCCCUGGAGCUCCAACCCGAGGACUGCGGAAGCCUGGGUUUCGCCGAUAACACUGAGGGCAAGAAGAUCCCCGGCGACAACACCGCCUACAGCGUCAAGGACUGCGGUAACCUGUGCGGCAAGACCAUCGGCUGCGUCUCUUUCUCCUUCAACGACUAUGCUGUCGACACCACCCCUUGCACACUGUACACCGUCCCUCGCACGGAUCUCGGCUUCUACGGUUCUGAGGAAUCUGGUUCUCAGAAGUACUAUGACCUUGAGAACUGCUUCGGCUGCGGCCACGAGACUGCCUCGUCCACCACCGGCUCCAGCAGCACUGAGUCUGCUUCUCAGUCUAGCACCGAGACUGUCUCUACCACGGCUACUGCUACCGCCACCUCCACCGAGACCGUCUCUUCUUCCACUGAGACUGCCUCUUCCUCCACCGAGUCUGCUUUCUCUUCCACGGGAACUGCCUCCUCUUCUACCGAGACUGCUUCCUCGUCCACUGAGUCGGCUUCUUCUUCCACCGAGACCGCCUCUACCACCGGAACCACCACGGCCUCUACCGAGUCCACCACUGGAACCACCACUGCUUCCUCGACCGAGUCUACCACCGCCUCUUCCACUGAGAGCACCACUGCCUCGUCCACCGAGUCCACCACUGGAACCACCACCGCUUCCUCGACUGAGUCCACCACUGCCUCUUCCACCGAGUCUACCACCGGAACCACCACUGCUUCCUCCACUGAGAGCACCACCGCCUCGUCCACCGAGUCUUCCACCAUGUCCACCACCUUCUCCUCCUCCACCAUCGGCACCACCUCGACAACCGCUGCUCCCAGCACCACCACCUCCGAGGCCUGCACCUACUUCACCCCCAUCGUCCCCGCCCCCCAGGGUUGCGGUGCCCAUGGCACUGUCGACUCCGGCUGCGAUAAGCACUGGCUCGGCGUCGCCUUCGAGGCCGAGUCCGAGGCCAAGUGUGGCAUCGAGUGUCUCGCCAAGCCCGGCUGCAAGUCCUACAGCUUCGCCACCUUCGGCAGCCACUGCCAGCUCUACGACGCUCCCCUCAGCGAGCUCAAGUUCAAGCCCUGCAACUACGAGACUCCCAAGUACUACGACAUUGAGAAGUGCUACGGCUGUGCCCCUGAGCCUUCCACCCCCACCACUACCACUUCUGCGCCUCCCAGCAGCACCUCUGCUGUCUGCCCCAAGUACACUGCCUCUUUCAGCCAGUGUGAGCGAGACUCCAACUGCGGAACCCGCGGCUACGUCAAGAACGGCGUCGUUAUCGGCAACGGCGACAACGACAACCUCGGAGCCUGCGCCAAGACCUGUAUCGAGUCGAGCACCACCUGCGAGUUCUUCAUGUUCACCAAGAAGCAGAACGGCAAGGCUGCCAAGUGUAUCCUGUACUCUGGCGGCAAGGUCAAGGAGAACAACUACAUGGUCGACUUCUUCUACGAGCCCAAGUGCUUCAGCUGCAAGUGGCCCAAGAAGAACAAGAAGAACGGCCCUUACUAA